AUGGCGGCCUCACUUCUUCUGACUGUAGCAUUGGUUGCACCAACCCUGGCAAAGACCGUCCGCUCACCAACGCCACCUAUGGGGUGGAACUCGUAUAACAGUUACAACUGCUUUCCAUCUGAAGACAAGAUCAAACACAGUACCGACGGCCUGAUUGCUCUAGGCCUCGACAAACUCGGCUACAACUUUAUCACUGUCGACUGUGGCUGGCCGUCAAGAGAUCGAACGUCGGAUGGCAAGCUGCAAUGGAACGAGACGCUGUUUCCCUCCGGCGGUAAGGCAUUGGGUGACUACAUUCACGAUCUUGGUCUGGAUUUUGGACUGUACUCGGGUGCAGGGUACCUGCAGUGUGGAAGCACGGAUCUUCCUGCGAGUCUUGGUUACGAGCAGCUCGACGCUGAGAGCUUUGCUGAGUGGGGCGGCGAUAGUCUGAAGUACGACAACUGCUAUUCCACAUCCAACACCACUAUGGUUGAUUCUUCCUCGGCCGAAUCACAGUCGCCCGCACGCUUCCAGCACAUGGCCGCCGAGCUCGAUGCAGUAGACCGUGACAUCCAUUACUAUGUAUGCCAAUGGGGUAUUGGCGUCGACACUGGCGAGUGGGCCUCGAAGAUUGGUAACUCAUGGAGGAUCAGCAACGAUAUUUACAACGCAUGGCGCAGUAUCUGGCGUAUCACUAACCAAGUUGUUCCUUACUACAGGCACACAACGGUUGGCGCAUUCGCUGACAUGGACAUGCUCAUCGUCGGCCUAAACGCACUUUCUGAGGAGGAGGAGCGCUUCCAUUUCGGCAUGUGGGCUAUCAACAAAUCGCCCUUGAUCAUUGGUGCUGCAGUCGACCCAGAAAAACUCAAUCAGCACUCGCUGGAUAUCAUGUCGAAUAAAGAAGUCAUCGCUAUUAACCAGGAUCCGCUGGCCAAGCAGACUCAGCUCGUUCGUCGCUAUACCGUGGAAGAGUACGAUAUAUGGCUUGGAGAGCUUUCCGGCUCACGUCAAAUCGUGGGUGUUGCGAACUGGAGGAACAGCUCCCAAAGCAUUGAGAUCGAUAUUGCAUCACUCGGCAUCGAAAGCGCGCAGGCUCGAGACGUAUGGGCUGCAAAGGAUCUCGGUCGCGUUGAAGGAGUGCAGAAGCUAGACCUCGCUGGUCACGAACUCCGUCUCUGGAUCCUCUCCAACACAACCACAGCUGCACCUCUCAAGCCUACCGGCUACCACUCUGCCUCGAAUGCUACACUCUCUGGAUCAGCGAAGCUGGUUUCAUGCUCAUCUGGAGCUUGCCAACCCGCCGGUUCAAAGGUCGGCAAUAUUGCCUUGGGAUCCAGCGCCACAUUUACAUCCGUAUCUGCCUCAUCAUCAGGCAAGAAGACAAUCGGGAUCGACUUUGUCAACUACGACUACGCUUUCACAACAGCGUGGGAGUGGGGUGAUAAUGCAAGGAACGCAACGCUUGCGGUCAAUGGAGGUGCACCGAAGCGAUGGGCAUUUCCUCUGUCUGGUGGCAACUGGGAGGAGAGUGGACGCUUGAUCAUUGAAGUUGAUGGCUUUGUCGAAGGUGCGAAUAACACUGUUGUGUUUAGCGGGUUUGGCGAUGCUACUGCAUGGGCACCAGAUCUUGUUGGGUUUGAGGUCCUGGAGUAG